UUGAGUAAAAGAAGAGGCUGCCAUAUUGCAGUGAUACAGCGAGUUUGACUGAGUAAAUCAACAUAUUUGCGUCUCUCUAAUAAAAAAAAAAAACAAUGUUUUCAGUUCAAACAUUUGGAGACACUGGGAAAAUGAAAGAUUACCACUACACUGGUCCAGUAGAGCACCGGUUCUCGCCAUACGCAUUCAACGGAGGAACCGUAUUAGCUGUUGCCGGGGAAGACUUUGCCAUCGUAGCCUCAGACACUCGGCUGAGUGAAGGAUACUCAAUCCACAGCCGAGACUCUCCAAAAUGCUACAAGCUGACAGACACAACCGUCAUUGGCUGCAGUGGUUUCCAUGGUGACUGCUUGACUCUGACUAAAAUCAUUGAUGCCAGACUAAAGAUGUACAAACACUCGAACAAUAAGACCAUGACGAGCGGAGCCAUUGCAGCCAUGUUGUCAACCAUUUUGUACGGCAGGAGGUUCUUCCCCUACUAUGUGUACAACAUCAUUGGAGGACUGGAUGAAGAGGGUAAGGGAGCAGUGUACAGCUUUGACCCAGUUGGCUCUUACCAGAGAGACACCUACAAGGCAGGAGGAUCAGCCAGUGCCAUGCUACAACCGCUACUCGACAACCAGAUUGGCUUCAAGAACAUGGAGGGUGUUCAGCAUGUUCCUCUGACACAGGACAAGGCUGUUCAACUCGUUAAAGAUGUCUUCAUUUCAGCCGCAGAAAGAGAUGUGUACACCGGAGAUGCCCUUCGAGUCUGUAUCAUCACCAAAGAGGGCAUCGAUGAGCAGACAGUAGCCCUGAGGAAAGACUGAGAGGGAUAUGUCACCCUUGUUUUUUCUCUUGCUGUUUUUCUCAUUUCCAUAUUUACUUUGUAGAUUUGGCCCAUGUACACCAAGUUUCUUAAAACAGGAGUGUUGGUCCAGAAGUUGCUUUUAGUGGCCUCUACUGUUGAGCUGUCCCUGGGGGCUGACUAAACAUAUCCACUCUUAUUAAUUUUUCCACAGAUUUCCCUCAUGUUUUGCCAUCAUCACAUCGUUGUGUUUGAUGUAGUAAUCUGAUUCUAGAUCAACACACCUGUUUUAAGAAAUGAGGAACACUCUUUGCUCCCCUUUGCCUAGACUCUGCCUCUGUAUGGCUUUUCACUAUGUUUUGGAAUGGAAAUACGCUGUAUUCUUUUUACAUUCUUAAUAAAUGUAAAGGAUUGAAAUGUC